AUGGGAACACAGAGCUCUCAGCGACAAACUCAAGCCCGAGGUCGAGCCAUCUGCCGUACAUGCAAAAGCUGCCGUCAGAAAAAGGUAAAAUGUGAUGGCCAACAUCCAAAGUGCGGCACGUGUCGUAGGAAAAAUCAAGACUGCGAAUAUCCGAGGGAUGGAAGAAAAACAGCCGUGCGAGCCAAAAAGGAAGACAUAAAAUCGCUCGAAGAACAAGUUGAAGAACUAAAGGGUCAGAUUCGCCGACGGGCCACAGUAGAAAACGCUUCGAGCACGGAUAACAUCCAUCCUCAUGAGACCUUAGAUCAUUCCAACUCGGGGUCUAGGUGUUCUAGGGGCUGCCCAAAUGAACCCAAGUGCGAUCAAAGCUUACAGGACCAACUUACCUGUCAGAAUAAUGGGGGGAAAACAUGCCCUGAUCCAGAUCCUUUGGAUGGCCGUCAAAUACAAGUCUAUGGUGCUACAAGUCUACUACCUAGUUACCUGGAAGCUCCGGCCGAUUGCCAGACCAAAGAAAACAACGAAGACUCAUUCUUGAGAAGCAUUACCCGAGAUCGACUCAUUGCCUUCUCGGCAAUUAUUAGACAGAAGGAGACUAUAAUUUACUCCACACCCAGUAUCGCAGCGAACAUCGAUUUUGACGGCGCUUCCGUAGACAUGGCAAUGCAUCUCCUGGAGUUGCAUUGGAAUCGGCUGCAUUUUAUGUAUCUUCUGACAUAUCGCCCCCUGAUUAUGGACAGUCUCUUCAACAACGGGCCUUACAUGAACAAGCUGCUUUUGAACGCUAUCUAUUUGCAAAGCAGUCUAUACAGUGAUCGAGUAUCUUUGCGCUCGGGCCCCGAUGACUCUCGAACAAUGGGCAUGGCGUUCUACGACCGAUUUAAAACCCUACUCAUCCACUACGUUGACAAGCCUAGUCUACCCACUGUCGUCGCGCUACUAACUUGCGGUGCUUGCCUGCUACAAUACGGCAAACAAAGCGCUAGUUGGGUUUAUUGUGGUAUGGCAUAUAGGAUGAUAAUUGACCUUGGGUAUCAUUUGGAGGAUCCAAGGUCUUCUCAAGGUCGUGAAGAUGCCAGACUCUCGGCCUUGGAUAAGGAGGUCAGAAGGAGGGUCUACUGGGGAGCAUAUGCUAAUGACAAAUUCCAGUCCUUGUACCUGGGCCGUCCUCCAGGGCUUCAGCAAUCUCAUAGCAAUGUACCCCGCGAUUUGUUUGACUCUUAUGAAGAGUUAGAAGAAUGGAAACCGUACAUCGAUCCCCAAGCUAGACUUGAUGACAUCAGUGUCCCAGUUUACCCAGGCCGGCCGUCAUAUGCUCUCAGCACAUUUCAAUGCUUACUUCAGCUCUCGGUUAUUACGGAAGCAAUCAUAAGCGCGUUCUAUUCGACUAAGGAUGCUAAGGCACCAGAGCAUGAUCUUUUGCAAAGCAGACAAACAGUCAAAGCACAACUAGAUCGUUGGAGAGAGACCCUUCCAGCGCAUCUACUGUUCGACCCAAAAAGGGAUGAAACACCUCCGCCACACCAAAUGACACUAUACACAACAUAUUGGACCCUGGUCAUCCUGACUGAGCAGCCGUUUCUCGCCCGUGGUCAUUUCGAGUUCACCGCAAUCCCGGAAUUGCAAAACGAAUUAAAGAAGAAGUGUAUCGAAGCAUCUCUCGAAAUUCGAGACCUCAUUGAAGCGUACAGAAAGGCAUUUUCGCUUAGACGCGCCCAAUACGGUAUUUCAUACGCGAUGUAUAGCGCAGUUAUUGUUCUGCUUCAGCACACUGACCAAGAUUGUGAUGAAUACACUGAAGCUAUCCGAUUCUUCUGGCUUGCAUUGUUGGAAUACCAGAAUGGAUGUGGCCAUGGACUGAAAGGGCCGCUCAGGCUGCUCAAAUCACUCAUGCGUCGGGUUGAAAAGGUAGUGAAGCGCAUGGAUAUCGACCACCCAGGUACUACUGAAUCGCUGGCUUCCAAUGAUACCCAGUUUGGAAUCGAGGCUAUACUACCGACAGAGACCUUCGAGCAAGGGGAAGCUUGGAGCGAAUCCUGGCUCAAUGUCGAGACUGACGAUUUGUUCUUGGCCGAUGACACUAUAUUUGGCUUCUUCGCACAAGAAUAAUCAACACGUCUCCUAGUAUGUUAUGGACUUUUCACGGGGUGGCAUCUAUAGACUCCAUGAGGAGAACCGGUUACUUAUAUAUCUGUUGUCGCGUGGCUCUCGUGGCCUUUAAUAAUUGGCCUAAUCCUCUCAGUAGCAAGAGGAUUAAUAAAGCUCAAU